UGAUUGUUGUUGAUGCUUUAAGACGCGAUGCAUAUUCAAUCUCUCUGAAAAUUCCCCAUCUCCCCUCUCUGGAAUGAUGAUAGAAGCCGCCUUUGUUCCUCUUUCUUGUUCACUUUUCUCCAAACAACACAGAUGGACAGUUGUGUCAAGAAACAAGAACAAAAACAGCAUUUCAAGCCACAUGGAAGGCUCGAAAAAGCUCCUGGGAACUCCACGCUUUACUUUAUCUAGAUCGCAGUUCCUGAACGUUUCAUAUCUCAGAACAAAAUACAAUAACGUUGCUUCUUCUUCCAAAGGAGAAAAGGAUAUCAUAAGAGCAGCUGUAGACAAGUCGGAGAGUGGUGGCUCUCCUCAAAAGUCCAGUGUAGGAGUGAGCCCAACCUUGGUACACACUUUGAAAGUGGGAUUUUACUUUUUCUUGUGGUAUUUCUUCAAUUUCAUCUUCAACAUAGCAAAUAAGAGAACGCUGAAUAUGUGGAAAUAUCCAUGGGUAUUAUCUACCAUCCAAUUGGGAGUGGGCGCUCUCUAUUGUACCUUCUUAUGGGUCCUAGGUCUCAGAACAAAGCCAAACGUCUCGAAAAAGUUAAUCAAAGCUUUGAUAUGGCCAUCCUUAGGCCAUACGUUAGGUCACGCAGCUACUUGCAUGUCUUUUUCUUUGGUAGCUAUUUCUUUCACUCAUGUUGUGAAAUCAGCAGAGCCAGUGUUUGGAGCAGUCGGUUCAGCACUAGUGUUGGGUGAAUUCUUUCAUCCACUUACCUACUUAACGUUGGUUCCUAUUGUAUCAGGUGUAGCUCUUUCCGCAGCAACUGAACUGACUUUUACCUGGACCGGAUUCAUCACCGCUAUGAUUUCUAAUGUGGCCUUUGUGACUCGCAAUAUUACGAGCAAAUUUACUAUGGUUGACUUUAAGAAUGAGAAGACUCUGAUUGCUCAGAAUACAUAUGCAUUGAUCACUAUCAUAUCAUUUUUCAUGGAGUUACCUUUUGCUUUGUUGAUGGAAGGUUUUCCACCUCUGGUGUCUGCAAUUGCGGGAGUUUCCAAAGCCAAGUUAUUUGGAAGUAUUAUGUUUUGUUCCUUAUUUUAUCACCUUUAUAACGAGGUUUCUUAUCUUUGCCUGGAUAACGUUUCUCCGGUAUCCUUCUCUAUUGGCAAUACUAUCAAGAGAGUGAUUAUUAUCUUUGGUUCCAUUCUAGUGUUUAGGACUCCCGUUACGAGGCUCAACUUUAUUGGCUCGACUAUUGCUAUUAUUGGUACUAUGCUUUAUUCACUGGCCAAAGCUAAGCUACCAUCGAAGCGAGAAAAGCAGUAGUGGAUGACUAGUGAUAACAGUGUUUCUUCCCUUGUUUACUUUUCGCAGGAAUACCAUAUGAUCCCUUGUUUUGUGUGAAAUCUAAAGUUUUCUAUAUUGUUGCCCUUUUUGCUCAUCUUUGCCGUUGUCACUUGUGUUUUUU